UUAAGCAGGAAAUGCCAUUCCAAAAUAUUGCCAAAUUCCAUGACAGUGGUGUAUUUGUGUGAAUCAAUAUUAAUUCACCCACAUGUUGAGAAUGCAUUUCCUGUAUUGUAAGAAUGUACCGUUGUUAAAAAAGACAGCCUGGCUUGCACAAUGUUUAAUUUGUCAGCAAAUUAAAACUUCAGUCCAUAAAUUAGUCUGCAUGCAUGUUGUGUGUCCUUCACAGAUCCAUCAGUCGAGUGACAUUUAUUUAAUUUUUAAAAAUUCAAUGCCUCGUUAAUUUUUUGCCUUCGACUUAUUACACCCUUUUUUUUGGCAAGUUGUCAUGUCACUGUGUCGAGAUUUGUCAAGAUGUAUGCCUUUUUACUAAGAGCAAUUUAUCACGGGGAAAAUGGCUCUAAAUUAAGCGUUUGGCAGUCAUGUGACCUUUGUUAAUUUGUGAAUGUUGAGAAGCCAAUUAAAGUACUCCGAUUGCAGCUCAGUAUUGUGAGUAUUUAAAGGAUUACUAUACAGGGACAUCCACUAAAUAUACAUUGGGUAAAUGCCCUUAUUAGACAAGCAUAAUAAUGAUGCAUGUAAUAGUGUUACAAUUGUACUGCUACAAUUUCACUUAAGAGCACAUAGAAUAAGCUUAAAACCAAGUGAGAAAUAAAAUUUCCCGUCUGGUAAAAUAGAGCUUAAUAGCUAUAUCUCAUGUUUCAUAUUUACUAUUGUAGCAAUUAAUGUUUCACAUGUACUUGAAUGUGAUCGUCCCAAGUCAUGUCUUGAUAAGCUACAUGUUGGGUUUUUACAGUGAUUUGUUGAUAAAAGUAAAAUCGUUGUGUGUUUUGGAAUGUAUUGUGUGGCAGGAAAAACUGUAACUCAGACGAGCAUUUAGUAUUUUUGGCUCCACGUGGCCAACUGCAUCCGACUGGCAUUUAGACUCCAAAGCCCGAACCGCACUGUUCAUUUCACCUUAAAUAUGCUUGUGAGUUUAUACCAUGCAAGCAUAGCUCUCGAUUUUGGGUAGAACUUAUUUAGUGUCUGCUGUGCAUGUUUCUGUGGAUGAAACUGGCUCUUGACAAAUCACAAACAAGUUGAUUCCAUUCACUAAAGAUGUUUAGUUCGUCUGCAUGGGCUUCUUCUAGUUCCCUGCAUGCCCCUUGCUUUUUUUCUCUGCCACUGGUUUGUCGACUCCUUCGUGCAGCUCUAUGAAGAACACAAUGUUUUGGCACUGAUUUAAUUUGUAGCGCUGACUCUUAAAUCAAUCCCUUUGUGUUUUCCUGCGUCUCUCUUAACUAAUACACAAGUCUGUCCUUGUCAUUCUCUUUAUUUCCCCUGCAACGGAUAAAAGAGGAUGUCUCAGAAGAUCCCCCAGUGCCCUGCGCUCGAUCAGUCGGAGCUCGAUCCGCCUCCCAGUCGUUGUCAGGCGGACCGACCUGCAAAGGCGGCGCUGGGCUGUCGGAACGAGGCCGAGUGCGGCGGCCAAAGGAACGGAGAGACUGCGUCCUCGUCCCCGGAGAGCGGCAGCCUGAACGGAGACGGGAAGCGCAGCGGGAAAAGUCGCCGCCGCAAGAAACGUUCAUCCAAUCCCGAGAGUCGCCCGGAUGGGAAGGCUGACGUAGACGCCACGGCCGAAGAGAAGCCGGACAAAAGGGCCGGCCGUCCUCCGCCAGGCCCGCGCGCCCAGCUGACCGGCCUGCAGUCCGAGUGCGCUCAUGUGUGGUUGGAGCGCAGCGUCUACGAGCGCGCCGAGAGCCUCUACCAGUGCUGGUUGACGGGCUCCUCCCAAGGGGCCGCCGAGUCCAACCGGUCCCCUCCGGCGCCGGGUAAAAACUCUCGAUCUGCCGCGGGAUCGGCGUGCCGCCGCGUCGUCCACGCGACCACCGUUGGCCAGGCAGAGCGGCGCCACGUGGAAGAGUCCGUGCCGCCGUCCGUUCCGACCUCUCUCAGCCUCCCACCCCCGCCGAACCACUCCGUUGCAUCCAGAACCCCCGAUGAGGGAUAUCGGUCUCUCGCCCCGACGCCGGCAACUCCCGUCGUCCAGCGAGCAUCUGCUCCGCCGACCGGUCGCCAGUCGAUCAACGGGCUGCCCCGCCUCCCGGUGGAGCUGCUCCGAGACGUGUGGCUGGAGAAGCCGCUGUAUGACCGCGCCGAGGCCGCCUUCUACCAGAAGAUGUACGGCAACAAUUCCUCCAAACGAUCCAGCUGCACCUCCACUUCCAGAAGUACCGACCACCCUCAGAGCCUUGUCGAGGAGGAGGAGGAGGAGGAGGAAGAUGAGGAACUGGCGGCAGAGGAAAAACGGGUGGUCCCACCGGGCAAAGCGGAAGUCUUCCAUGCUCUGCUUCCAAUUCAGGAGGAAGAGGAGCCGCCUGAGGCCCCAGCGAAGGACGAAGUGUCGGGGGCCGGCACCUGCUACUUCGCUCACCCGGACAGCGAGCGAGUGUGGCUGGACAAGUGGCGGUAUGACGGCGCAGAAAGCCGUUUCCAUGGUUACAAUGAGCGUAAAGCUGUGGUGAGGAAGAAGGGCCGGAGGCCAGAAGCAGCGGCUGCCUCCACCGGCCCGCCGAGGGACAAGAGCAACAUGGGUUCUGUGGACUUUUUGACCCAGGAGAAGAUCUGGUUUGACAAACCUCGCUUUGACGAGGCCGAGCGACGCUUCUACGAGCGCUCGGACCGCUCCGACCGCUCGGACCGCUCCGACGGCGCCUCCCAACCAGCGCAGGAUGUCGGGGCGAACACCAUCCUGCAAGACAUUGCCCGAGCCAGGGAGAACAUCCAGAAAUCUCUAGCAGGAAGCAUCAGCAGUGCGGCGGAUCAAGGGGAGAUCAUCUGUCGCAUCAAGAGCCUGGAGCAGGAGAACCACAGCUUACACAAGGUGGUGGAGGACUUGAGGGCUGCUCUUUCCAAACUGGAUUGUCGAGUGUCAGUCCUGGAGAAACCUCCCGUAGCUGUAACCACGGCUACCACUCCCGCUGUACACUGCAAUAAUGGCAAGACGGCGCAGCAGAAGACCAGCGCCCCGGUUAAAGACGAGGAGGAAGAGGAGGAUGAUGAUAUUGACUUGUUCGGUAGUAGUGAUGAUGAUGCUGAUGAAGAGGCAGAGCAGCUCAAAGAGCAGAGGUUGAAAGAGUACGCAGAGAAGAAGUCCAAGAAGCCUGGCAUCAUCGCCAAGUCCUCCAUCUUAUUGGAUAUCAAACCUUGGGACGAUGAGACGGACAUGGUGAAGCUGGAGGAGUGUGUUCGCUCGGUGGCGGUCGACGGUCUGUUGUGGGGCACGUCCAAACUGGUCCCAGUGGGUUACGGCAUCAAGAAGCUCCAGAUCGCUUGUGUGGUCGAGGACGACAAGGUGGGAACAGACAUUCUAGAGGAAGAAAUCACCAAGUUUGAAGACUAUAUCCAGAGUGUUGACGUAGCAGCUUUCAACAAGAUCUGAGUCCCCUGGGUCUCUUUGUGUCUUUCGUCAUGCCUCGUUUCUCUGCUGUUAGUGUUAACGGUUACUAAUAUUAAUAAAAACAAAUUCUUGCACUGAA